UGACGUAAAAUCAGGAAGCUAAAGUUUGAAGUCAUUUGAGCGGCGGGMUUCGUUCUCGAUAAUCACAUUUCCAGGUCAAAUUUUAAUGUUUSUUUCGCGUUAUACCGGGUCGUUAGCUCGCCAUUGUCCUGUUUGUUUAAACGAGGGGGUGGACAACCAAAAACUAGUAAGUCUGGCUCGUUGUGGCUAGGCUAACAGCUAAGCUAGUCAGAAAAAUCACUGCAACACUCUGCUACAUCAGUGCGUUGUCAUGGUAACACGGGAGCUUUUACCAUGUCUUAAAGCUGGAUUUCUUUCAUAAGUGACUUUGUGAAAAAUAAAACUGUACAUCGGCGUUAAACGUAGACAGCAGAUUUUUUUGUCGUUAGCUCGUUCUCUGAGAUUUUCGCCCUCAAGUUGAUAUGAAGAGACGUGAGGACUCAUCAUGGGAAAGGCUGGACACAGAGUUUGACCAUUUUCUCCUGGACAUGAAACCAUAUGUGCUGAAACACCCCAACAAACCAGAACGRCAGCGAUGUGCCGUAUGGAUAAAGAAGCUGUGUGACCCAGCCGCAUGUGGUUCAGGACUGACGGGUCGAAAAAACCGCAACUUGUACGCCCGCUUGCUCCUCCACAUGCUGAAAAAAGGUGUCCUGGAGGGGCCGUUCACGUGCAAACCAGAGCCUGGGAGCCUCAAAACACUCCCUGCCUACAUGUCAAUCUACUUUGAUGAGCCACUGAGCGGUCGGUCUGGAGAGCAGAGCAGCAGAGGUCUGCCUGACUGGGUGACGGGAGAGCUGAGUGGCUUUUCUGAGGACAGUUUGGCCAUGGAUCAACUCAAGGACAAACCCAGCUCCACACCAGUAACAGCUCAUCACAGGAGGAGGCUGUAUGUGGACAAUCAACCUGUGUCCUCCAGUCCACUCAAACAGGCGCCCAGACAAGAUACCAGAAUGGUGCAUGAAGUGCUAAAAGCAAAUGCGUCUUCUGAUGACAGUGACCUGGAGGUUCGACUUAACAGCUGGAACCUGGGGAUUGAAAACCCCAGGUAUUUGAGAGAGAAGCCCGUUCCCUUAUCCCCAAUUUUGACAACAAGCUUUGAGAUGAAUUGCACCUUUGCCAAUGAUCAUGACCCACAAAGCAAAGAGACUGAGAUGAAGAUCAAAGUGUUGGAGGCGAAGCACCAGGAGGAGAAACUGAGAAUGCAGCAGAGACAUGAUGCAGAUGUUGAGAAGAUACUGGACCGAAAAAAUCGUGAAAUCGAAGAGAUAAAGAGCCUGUACCGGUCCAAGCAGAAAGAAUCAGAGGAGAUGAUCCGUAAGCAGGAAAAGAAAGUUCAAAGUUUGCUGCGGGAAUCUCAGGUCAUCUGUGAAACCAAAGAGAAGCAGAUAGCGGAGCUGAAGAAAAUGUCAGAUCAGAGCGCCGACUCUAUAAGAAACGAGUGGGAGAAGAAGCUGCAUGCUGCUGUGGCAGAAACGGAGCAGGAAAAGUUUGAAAUGCAGAAGAAACACACUGAAAACAUCCAGGAGCUGCUGGAAGACACCAACCAGAGACUGGCUAAGAUGGAAUCUGAGUAUAACGCUCGUGCUCAGGCCACAGAGCAAACGAUACGUGAGCUGGAGACGCGAGUGAGGCAUCAGUCGGUGGAGGUGGAAAAGGGCAACUCACUGCGUCAGAGAGUCACUCAGGAAAAGGCUCAGUUGGAGAUCCAUGCUGCAUCUCUCAGCGCUGAACUGCGAGAAGCUAACAGACGGAUGAUGCUGCUGCAGAAGGAGAAGGAGCAGCAGAGUGAGCAACAUGAGCAGACUUUACAGAAGAUUCAAGCCAAACAUGAAGCUGAUAUUAGUCACUUACACCAGGAGCAUUCUCUGUCUGCUGCUAAGAGCUCUGAGGUGGUAGAAGACUUGGAGAAGACCUUGGCUCAGAUCAAACAGCAGCUUCAGGACAGUGAGCAUCGAAGACACCAACAAGUCAGGGAUCAAGAGAUGAAGUUUCAGCAGGAGAAAGAUGAACUGCAGAUCAGCUGUGAGAAAAAGGUGUUGGCGGUCCACACUGAGGCCGAGAAGGAGAAAAUAGAGGCGAAGAGGAAGAUUGCUAAACUAGAAGAUGCCCUAAGGGAGAUGGAGAGCCAGUUGGACAAAGCCAGGGAGAGUCAGAGGCAGCAGAUCCAGCAGGCUGAUUUGGCUCUGGAGCAAUUCAAGAAGCAGGUGCAGCUCAGCUCUGAGAAGACCUACGCUGACAUGAAACUCCAGAUGGCGAAGGUCGAGGAGGACCUGAGCCGCUCCAAAACCCUCAGGGAAAACCAGGCUAAAGAGUUCUCUCAGCAACUUGAUGCUUUAAGACAGAAAUACGAGCAGCAGAUGGCUGAGCAGCGCGCGCAGCACGAGCAGGAGAGGACGCGGCUACAGCAGCAGCACAGCGCCGAAAAGGACAGCCUGGUCCAGGAGCACCAGCGGGAGGUGGACAGCCUGGAGAGACAGGCCGGGGCCACCCUGCUGCAGCACCAACAGCACCAACAGGAGUGGAGGAAGCGCGAUGCCCAGAGUAUUUCAGAUUUGGAGGCCCAGGUGUCGAGCCUACACGAGGAGCUCCAGCAGGCUCACGCCCAGCAGAAACUGAGGCUGGCUGAAAUGGCAGUGCUUCAGGAGGAAGAGAGGCAAAGAGCCAUGCUGGACAAAGAGGCAUCCCUGGACCGACUCCGCUCGGACAUGGAGCGAAUUAUCAACGACCUCAAGAGAAGCCAUCUCCUAGAGACGGAUUCCUCCCGUGAGAAGGCCCACAGCAGGUUGAAGCAGAUUGAGAAAGAGUGCAGUCAGAAGCUCGCCAGGUCUGCCCAGCUGAUUGCCGAGCUGCAGACAUCUGUGUGCGACUCAAAAGAGGAAGUUGUUCGUCWGCAGCAGCUGAUGGAGAAGCAGCUGAAGGAGGUCAACGCUCGCUGGGUUGAAGAGAGACAGACGAUUACCCAUCGUGCCGAUCAGGCCAACAAGGCUCUGCAGGAGAAGGUGGAGAGUCUGCAGAGGCAGCUGCAUUGUGCCGAGAAGAAGCUGCUCAGCAAAGAGCUGGAGACGGAGGAGAAGGUGACGAUGGUGCAUCAGGAGUACGAGGAGAAGAUCAAAGGUUUGAUGCCGGCUGAGCUCAGACAGGAGCUGGAAGACACCAUCGCCUCCCUGCAAGCUCAGUCUUCUUCUUUCUCCAUCCCCUCCAGUGAAUCUCCUACUCAGCCCCUUCUUAACCACACUCAUUUAGAAGAACUUGACGUUUCCCAGCGCUUCCAUUGUAAAAUAAUUUGGUUGUAACAAUAGAAAAUAGACAUUGUGGUGCAACAUUUUGUGAAACGGGCUCAUCAGAAUCCCCUGCCUAGUUUAAAUGCAUCUCCCAAGAUCCCAUUUCAGCACACAGACCACAGUUCUCUGAUCAGAUGUUUAUACAACGUAAUUCUCGACCAGAGCUCCUCAUGUCUUGGGUUUUGCACAUUAGCAUGAGUUGUUUUUAUAUGGUAAAAGAAAAAAAUAUAUAGGUAUGAAGAGGUUUUUUUAUGUUAAGUGUCAAAUGAAAUGCUAGAGUUUGGACUGAGGUCUCCCCCACAGAAAGGAAUGUACCCUCGGCUCCAGCACGGUAGUCCCAGAACAAUACGGGUUCUUUUGGAUCUGUGAUUAUAUUCUGCCAGUCUCUAGGUGCCAAGUAAAUGGAGAUGGAGGUUUUUAUUUUCACUUCAUAAAUAAACUCACAACUUGUAGCCAAACAAAAGAACGGCGCAGAAAAAAAAAAGCAUCCAGCCCUCAGCUAAUUCAGACCAUAAUGUGUGCCCUGUGUCCCACUGUGCUUUAACCCCCUCUGCCCUAAUCUCCUGACCCCACCAACCCCUGCUGUCUUGACCUCUGGACUUAACAAGCGAGCUGUUCUUUCCCUCUGUCCUCCUCAGCUAACAAACACCCCCUAAAAGCACAACCAUGGAGUCGUCUCCACGUCAAGCUGCUGUCCUGCCUCCAACCGUCUGAUUACACUCAAAACAAACACGUUUUAAAAAUUAAUGCAUCCGAGUUUUCUUUGUAUGUGUGUUUUCUGGGCUUGUGUUAAAAACUUUUCUGGUAUAAUCUCCUGCUUCGACCCGUACUAGAGACUAAAUCUCAGUCCUAAUGGUGGAAUUUCAUGUUUGGGUUAAAAUGUAUUAAUAAAAGGCUACAGAAAUGAGUGAAAAUCAAUACAAUGUCCUAAUAAGGAUAGCAAUACCAACGUGUGUGUGUGUGUGUGUGUGUGUGUGUGUGU